AGAGAGAGAGAGAGAAGGGGGGGGAGCCUGUGAAAGAUUUGGUUUGUUUGCUCAAAGCAUUCAACGGGAAGGAGAAGGGGAAGACGUUAUUUGACGUUUGGUGGGUGACGGUGUCGUACCAAUCGGAGAACGCACGCCACCCGACACGGAUGACGGUAUCCCUCGCAUAACGACGCGAUUGUUAGUCUCGAUUCGCCUCGUAUUUACGUACGCGCGUUUGUCUCGUGUGUAUACGUGUAUGUGUGCCCGUGCGCGAUCUGUGGAGGAACACGAGAAAUGGAUUACGUGCUGAUAAAGGAUAUCCGUGCUGGCCAAAAGAACAUCAACGUAGUGUUUAUCGUUUUGGAGGUUAGCCACCCUACCAUCACCAAAGAAAACCGCGAAGUUCGAACGUUUAAAGUGGCCGACAGCACUGCAUGCGUGAACGUUUCUAUUUGGGACGAGCCCGGUCAGCUCCUAAUGCCGGGCGACAUCGUGCGACUGACCAAGGGUUACGCGUCUGUCUGGCGGCAAUGCCUGACUUUAUAUUCCGGCAAGAACGGUGACAUUCAAAAGAUAGGCGAGUUUUGCAUGGUGAUCAACGAGCAAGUGAACAUGAGUGACCCGAAUCCGAUGCUGGCGCAGCAACUGGUCAAUCAGACCGGCUCGGGCCCGCCCGGCAGCAACGUCAACAAUAGCAUUACCAACAACGGUAAUGCCAACAGUAUCUCGGGUCAACCAGGACGGCAGCCUUUGGCAAGUCAAAGUAACACGACUCCUAGUAGUGGGUCAGCGACAAGUUCGACUACUACAAAAGGUGGAAAUACUAGUGGCAGUAGCGGUGGUGGUAACAACGGCAAUAGCACUUCUAGCAGUGGUGGAAAUAGUGGUAACAGCAACACCAGCAGCACUACUGGUAGCUCAGGUUUACCCGGUGGAUCAGUGCGAUACUCAUCGGACUCGACAACGAAAUCAGCGCCAACAACCAAGAGCAAUUCACGUGGACGCGGUGGUUAUAGGAAUGGUGGUCGUAGCGAUCGAAGAUAACAUACGAGAAAGAAGCGGCUGAUCAUAUGCGUAUAAACAAGCGACAAAUGAACAUGGUGCGUGCGACAGAUCUACGUGAUUAUGUAAUCCAUUGUUUCUUCUUUUUUCUUUUUAAAUUUUAGCUCUCAACGUACACUUUGUUAGUUAACUGUGCGUAAAGAGCAAUGACCGAAAUUAUAUGAGUUAUUUUCUAAGAACGGAUAUGUGAACUGUCAUUCAUCUCGAUAUAAUAUAAUAAUAAAUAAUAAAUAAUAAUAAAUAA